CUCAUUCAUAAUAAUUUAAAGAACCAAUGUCAAAAUAACUUAUUUUCUAAAUAUGGGAAAUAGCCAGGUUAUUGCUAAAAAUUAUUCUUAUAAUCUAAAUGAAGAUGGAAUAAUAAAAGUGUCGGAGGAUAUAGCAGAAAAUCUUAUGAGCAAAGGAAUUAAUGUAAACUCUAAAAAUGUUUAUAGUUCAAAUAAUACAGAUAAAGUUAUAAAUCAAGAUAUUGACAAAUACAAAAGCCAACUGAAAAAGCAUGAAGAAUAUAUAACAUUCUUGGAAGAAAAACUUAGGGGAGAAAAUAAAAAGAAUGUUGCUCCCAAUAAUAAACAUCAGCAUCAUAAUAAUAAAAUCUUGACUGCUGAAGCAUUUGAUAAUUUAUUGAAAAAAUUUUAUGAAAAUUAUAGUCCUCAUAGUAGUGUUAAGCAUUGUGAAAUAGAAAAAAAUAUUAUAUCAGAAUGUUAUAAAAUAAAUGAAAACAAAAUUUUACAGUGUUCCAGAGAAGCUAAAAAGUUUGAAAAUUGUGUUUUAAAUAUUCAACAAGUUUUGAUUGUCUGGACUCGACACAAUGGUUCAAAAAAUUUAUAACUUGGACACGUAUGCGUCAUGCUCAAAUUCGUUCAGAACUCCGACUCAAAAAAUACAUUUAUUUAUUUCAGUUAAAAUUCAAGUCUCUCAUGAGUUAUGAUUUAUAGUGAUGGAUGAUUAACAAAAUAUUGAUAAUCAGGUUGAGAUUUGUUAUUUUUAUUUUCCCACCAGGUCCCUAAUCUUACCCCGAACACAUAAUGGAUGAGUAAAAAUAUUGAAGAGUUGUUUUUUAUCUUUCAAUUGUUACCCAUAUCGAACUUUAUUUUAGAAAUUUUUUAGCCCCCUCGAUAAAACCGAUGCCUAAGACCAGUGAUGGUA